AUGGCAAUUGCAGUAAGCCGCACCACGAAUGAUGAAACGGUGGGUCUACGAAAAACAGUGGACCUGCUGCACGCCCGACUGGCCCAAAUCAGUGCCGAAAACGAUCGCCUUCGGCAGGAGAACGGGCAGAUGAAGGUCGACAUGGCUGAGAUGCGCACGCUCGUGAACGACUUAGUCGAGAAGCAGUGCAACUCGGCCCCUGCAUCUACUCCGCUCGAGACAGAAGAGGCCAACGAGGCCGAGGAGUUGAGGCGGCGGCUCCUAAUACAGGAGUGUUACGCCGACGACACGUUGGUCGUGGCUCCGGGGAGGGACUACCGGGAGUCUGCCCGUCUGGCGUGCGCAGGCGUGGCACACGUCGUCACUAGGAUCCGACGGUUGGGGCUCGAGGUGGCGCUCGAUAAAACCCAGGCCCUGCUUUUUCACGGGCCGGGACGAGCGCCGCCUGUGGGUGCCCACCUCGUGAUCGGAGGCGUCCGCGUCGGGGUUGGGGUGACCGGUCUUCGGUACCUCGGCCUCGAACUGGAUAGUCGGUGGAACUUCCGCGCUCACUUUGAGAAGUUGGGCCCUCGACUGAUGGCGACGGCCGGCUCUCUGAGCCGGCUGCUUCCAAACGUCGGGGGUCCCGAUCAGGUGGCGCCGUCGGUCAGCGGUGGGCGCUCCGCCUGA